AUUUUGCCUGCGUUCUACUGGUUCAUUCAUUCAAGCAGUUUUUGGUAAUAGUCAGCGAGAUUCAACUUCAACAUUCGUAUUUUGCACUGGGGAUAAACAAUGUGAGUUUUCUUGUUGUGAUUUUAAUUUUUAUGCAUGCUAGAAGUGUGUUUCCUUUAUUCUUUUUAUUAUUGUUAAAUCCUUUUUCGGUUUUUUAUUGGUGUUGGGGAGGGGAUGGAAUCAAAGAAAUAGCUGGAGAUUUUUUUACCUUAAAAAAGUACAUAUGAAAUCGAUAACUGCUGCUUUUGCUAUUGGUUGCCUUUUCUUCUUCCCAUAUUAAGAAUUGCAAAAUUUCAUGUCAGCAAUCUUAUUUUUGUCUUAGAUUCUUGUUUUAGAAUGAGGGGCAUCUGUUCCUUAUAAAAGUUAGGCACACACGCACACACAUAUAUAUUUUACUAGUGUGAUAAAGCAUCUAACAUUCUUUUGAAACUGAGGAGCUGAUGUUAUCUUCCAUGCUUCAAGUGAGACCUAAUACACCUCCCUUCGGCAGCAGCAGUAGUUAUUGUCUUAUCAUUAUUAAAUUUGACAGCAUGUCAACAAGGUUGCAAAUGGAAGAUGUGAAGCAGAGGGGUGUCGCUGGAGUUCUUCCUGAAUUUGGCGCGAUAUUCAUGUCAAACAGUGCAACCAAAAGAGAGUUUUUUAAAAGAAAGUUUUUUGGCCUUCCAUCUUCGUAUGCCUACUUUGUAAAUCAUGUUAAAGCUGGAAUGAUACUGUUCCUGUUUGAAUUUGAGAAGAGGGAACUUCAUGGUGUGUUUCAAGCAUCCUAUGAUGGUGCAAUGAAUAUUGUGCCAAAUUCACUCAGUGCAUCAGGGAAGCAACUCCCUGCGCAGGUCAAGUUCACCCAGUUGUGGUCUUGUACUCCACUUCCUGAAAAUGAAUUCCGUGAUGCUAUCAGAGAAAAUUAUUUCUCAGCUAGAAAGUUUAACUUUGGGCUGUCUGAAUAUCAGGUUGUUCAGCUUCUUUCAUUGUUCAGUUUGAGAAAGAAAAAAGACUGGGCACCUGAAAAACAACUGACUAGUAGUGAACUUGCCAAACAAAGUGGUUCCCCUAUGACUAAAGUUAGAAGAGUAGUUCAUAGUGAUAUGUUUCUAAUGGGUAAUCAAGUAACAGUUGAACAUGGUGUGGAUAGCAAGCGUGACCCGGUCCUCUCAACCAUGCACCCUGGGGGCUCUCUUUGCAAUGAUGGAAAAGAAAUUGAUGAUGACAGGUCUGAGAUACAUCAGCCUAAAGGAUAUGAGAAUAAAAUGGAUGGUAAAAUGGUUCCAGGAAUCUCAGUUGAGUAUUUUGGGGAUUCUUCUGCUAAAGUAAGAGGAGACCUAGAUGGGAGCAGGCUUGCAACAAGUAAUGGGACAAGAAGCAAAAGGAAUAUGGAUGUUGUCUUGAGACCAGUCAAGUCAGUUGGAAAUUCUUUAGGAGAUUUCAGAAACUUCUCUGAUGUCAGGUUUACAAGGAGGGGUAGCUAUGAAAAUGAGCAAGUUGUAUCAAUGGGGUAUUCCUUAGGUGAUCUCAGAGAAGCUUCUGAUGAUGUCAGAUUUGCAAGGAGUGGCAGGUUAAAAAAUGAGCAUUAUGAGGACAAUGUUGCUGUACCAGCCACCUCAAUGAAGUGUCCUAGCUUUUAUCAUACUAAACUUAAUUCAUCUAGCUAUUCUAGCAAACAUGUUUUAAAUGCAGAUUCAUGUGCUCAAGAUCCAUCUAGCUUAUCUUCCACAUUCAUUCGCAGAAUGGAGUCAUGUAAGUCUAAGAGUUCGUACCCAACAACCUAUGGAGAUGCAAUUAUCACAAGGACUCAUCCAUGUGAUCCAGAUGUUCCCGGUAUUAACUAUUCAUGCUCAUCAUCUUUGGACAUCAAUCAGUAUUCUAGAUCAUUGCAAUGUGCUCCUGACAGUAGUAUUGCUGUUAAUGUCCUUUCCUCUUUUGGAAAUCAGUCACCGCCUUCAUAUCUUGAGUCUGGAAAUACAAGCAUAUGCCACGAUGUUCAUUUGGGUUCCAGUAACCACAGUUGGUUGCCUCAUCUAAAUCAAUAUGAAUACUACAGUAAGGCAAGCUUGUCAUGUCCUGCCAGCGGUGAAAAUUUGACUGUCGAAUCCUCUGAAAAUGAAGGUUAUGAUGGCAUUUCUUUUCCUAUGCCCUCUCAAAGUGGAAAUAAUGGAAGGAUAAGUGAGCCCCUCCCAUUUUGUUCCUUUGGCUCGAGGUAUCCUUAUUAUACUGUAGCAUCAGCUGACAAACCUCAUCAUAAAGUGCCUGAUUUUGAAAAUGCUGUUGAAUUUACUACUGAUUUUCCUGCUUUUGACGAGGGUCAGUUCCUUCUUGGAGGUCAUUGUUCUGUUCAACCUAGAAGCACAGAUUACCAUAAAAGGACUUUGUCAAGUCCUGUCUAUCAAAAUUCUGAAAGCAUGGAUGUAGAUUGCCAGAAGAAAAGGGGUGGUGUGUUUUCUCGGUUAACUUUGGCUCCAAAAGUAUAUAAACGAGAAAUCAACAUCCCUUCUGGCAAUAAUUACCACAGUGUUGAUAAUUCAGUGAAUGAAGUCAUGUCCACAUUAUACCAUAGUCGUUACCCAUGGCUGAAGGUAAGCUGUAAAUCAUUAAUCAAGCGUGAUUCUGGUGAAAAUGUUAGGAAGAAGAAGCAUAUGACAAUUAGCUCCAAGUCAUUGAAGGAUCCCUCAGCUAUCUCAAAGGAAAUGAACAUCAAGAGUAUCCCUGCUGGUGAGAAGAAUAUCAUCCAACAAGCUGAAGGGACACCUUUUGUGGACUUCAAACGCCGUAGUAUAGUGAAGAAAACCCUCCCUGAAGGUAGGACUGAAAACUGUAGUGAAACUGCAGAGGACACAUCAAUUGGACAGCGUAAAAGGAAAAAGUUGAUCCGGCCAGACUUUGGUAAGAAUUACUCAUCUGAGGACAAAGGUAUGGAUGGUGAUGUCCCUCAUAAUUUAAAAAGACCUUUGCUAGAAUCAUCUGUUGGUACUGAAAAGGUUUCUCUUACCCAUAUUAAUGAAAACAAAAUUUCUGAAUAUGUCAAGUUACUGCCUGGGAUGUCUCAGACUGAUCAUGGAGGCAAACAUACGGUCAACACUGGGAGAGGGUCAUCAUUUGUGCAAAUUGGUGCUGAAGGUGGGGCUCCUGAAAAUCUACAAAGACCUUCACUAGAAGCAUCAAAGGUUUCUGUUAGCCAUGUCAAUGAAGGUAAAAUUUCUGAAUAUGUUAAGUUGCCGCAUGGGAUGUCGCAGACUGAUCAAGAAGACAAACAGACAGUUGACAUUGAGAACUCCUCAUUGGAGAAAAUCAGUAUGGAUGGUGAUGCUCCUGAAAAACUACAGAGACCUUUUCCAGAAUCAUCCAUUGGUAAAAGAGAUACUGAAGAUUUCAAUGCUUCUGUUAGCCAUGUUCAUGUAAGCAAGAUGCAUCAAAGAGAUGAGUUGAUGGAUGUGUUGUGUGAAACCAGUCAUGAAGUCAAAAGUAUCAGCAUGAAAAGGCACUUAAACUUGGAAGAAGUUAAGGUCAAAAGAUUUGGGGAAAAUGCUGAUAAUGAUAGGAAAGAAUCAUAUGAAAGAGUUAACAGCCGGAAUGUUGCCUGCAGAGAGUCGUGUACUAAAGUUGAAGGUUUUAGUACCAAAUAUCCAAGCCAGGAUGAGUUAUGUCAAGGUGACAACAGUGCUAGCCACUUUAUUGUGCAGGAUUUGUCUCCAAAAGUUAUUGAAGCUGCUGGAAGUGAACUGCUCCAUUGAAUCAAACCAGGUCAGAAUAGAUGGGGCUUGAACAUAUCAAUUGAACAUGCGAGGAAUUUGAGCAGAAGCCAUCUUUUUGACCUGGUAGAAGAAUGCUUCCGCCAUAAUUUUUAUUCUGUCAGCUGCUCCAAUAAGCCUAGAAAUAAUUCAAAGAAAUGUGAGACCUGAUGUGCAAAUGGUUUUUGAAUCACAAAUCGCAGUGCAUGAAAUUCCCUUCGCCUCCUAAGCUUGGAGAAACUUUUAUGCUUUUGAGAUUGGGAGUGGUGUGCAUUUUUCUGAGUGCUAAAAGUGACAAAAUUCUCUCCCGUCACUUUUUAAAAUUCCAAGGGUUAUAUGUUGCACCAGGUCGUCUCUAUGUUUGAUAGGGCCUUCUGUGUUCUCAGAUCGCUGUAACUUCUUGAGGACGAAUGUCAAGGCUAUAAAAGCAGAUGAUGGCGAAUUGUUAUGAUUGUCGUUAUAGAACUCCUUGCAGCAAUAUUCAUCUUUUUGACUUCAAUAUGUAGAAAGUCAUGAAAACAGUUGAUAACUAAUAGCCAAUAUUUCACUACUCU